GAAAACGACUCAGUGAUGUAUUAGUACUUGAGCCACCUCGUCAUAAGCUAGCACCGCCAGCUACUGUGACAUCCCGGUCUUCCUUGGAUGAGCCCUUCCUUUCCCUAGAUCAGUGCCAGUUAACUUCAAAACAGUGAUAAGACAGGACAGCGGGAUGACGCAACGUGACCUUUACCUUCAGAAAGUAGUGGUUUUCAAAGGCGGUUACAAUUUAUGCUUAUAGGGUAUCAUUUCGAGUGAAUAUCGUCCAAGUGACAUUGCUUGAUAAGAGACAACCAUCUUCUUGAAAUGAAGGCAUGAGACGCGGUGAGGCGUUUAAUAUAGCGGUACGUGUCAGGCAAGUCUGUUCGCAAAAUAAUAUUAAUAACAAAUAGAAAAAAAGCAAAAAUUGAAUUAUCUGACUGUUUGAAGCGCCAGCUGUGAUAUAAGUCAGAUAAAGCACUCUGCGCUGACCUUCACGCGAAAUAGAGCAGAUAAUUGUCUCAGUUUCGCCUCGAAAAUUAUAUUUGUUAAUUGGCGUUGUGGUCAGCGCCUGGCACUUUAUGUUAGAUAAAUAUCAUGCUGUCAGUCAGAUGACAGACAUUUCUUUAUGUGUAAAUAUGUAGGGCGUCCUUCGUAGUCGGACAGGCGUUUAACAUACGUGCGGACAUUUCUUCUCGCAUUCGAGUUGAAGCGAGUCGAUCGAGGGCGUCGUUAUUUAUCCAGUUUUCCGAUUGUCAAAAUGUCCAAGCUUUUCCAGAAUAGUUGGGGAUUACUGAAAAUUGUGCGGUCAAGUCAAGGUUUGGCACGGACCGUGUCAUCUAACCAGAUAUUAUUGAAGAAAGGUUUGCAGCGUGGGUUAGUGCUGGAAUAUACACCAUGUAUUCAACCAGUCAGAGAACUGACCGGCCAAGUGAACGACCAACCGAUACGCUUUAAGAAAAUGCCGAUGGAUUACCCUCAGAUUACUGCAUCUGAUCACUGGAGACGAAAAAUACGCACGGUUCUCAAUCGAUUGGGAGCGAACGACGACGGCUUCGUUACAAAGGAAGACUUCGAGAGGAGCGCCAGGCGCGUAGCCGAGUAUCUGAAACUUAAUGAUCAACAAGCAGCAAAUAUACUGAAACAGCGCCUUGACAUAUGGGAAUUCGUCCCUAAAGGUCCUAAGGACCCUACUAAAGCAAUUCAGAAGGAAUACGUGGGAUUUGAUCCUUCGGUCCUUAAUCAAAUUACCUACCGGAAAGAGUUCUUCCCAAUGGUGGUAUCCGUGGGUUUCAAGGUCAUGGACAUUGAUGGUGAUGGUCGCAUUUCAAAGGAAGAACACGCUGCUUACUUCUACAGCGUAAACGUCCCUGUUGAAGAAUCGAAGAAGGUGUUUGAUGUGAUGGACGCCAACAAAGACGGCUUCAUAUCCAUUGAUGAGUAUGCGCAUGCGUAUGCAGAGUUUCUUUUCACCGAGGAUCCAAAUAACAAAUAUAAUGGGUUUUUCGGUCCUUUGGUUGAUUAAAGGACUUGUUUGAAGAAGUCAGUAAUAGGACGCAGGUGGAACAGUGAGAUCCAAAUAAGAAAUAUAACGAGACUUUGGCCUUUAUGUAAAUUUGCAUGUAAAUUUGAUAAAGGUAGCAUAAUAAUAUUAUAGAUUUAUUAUUUAAUUUAACAACGGUUAAUGGAAGAUCAAACUCUUCGUAAAUACGUUUGGUUCAUUGUAUAACAAAACGCUACUGUAAAAUUAACGCCUUUUCACUAAGAGAGUAAAAAAAAGCGGUACAACUGUACUGAUAUUUUGUGUAAUGUUCUUCAAAACGUUUAUGCCACACGUUACUUACAUAUAGCCCGUUUUCACAAGAUUGUGUUGUUUGGUAGCUAAGAGGGCGUUUGAAGCAGCGGGCUCCGUGUAGUUGACUGUCUUACUAAAAGGCCAGAAUACUGUAAUGGUUACUAAUCCAUCACAUACCCAUAGUCACAUUCUUAGCACACCAUACCUGUCUUCAUAAAGAUUAUUAUCAAUAUAGUAUCCUUAGCAUUAUAGCAAUACUGUUUUUCGUGGUACAUGGACAAUAUAUAUGAUGUUACUUAGGGAGAUGAAUAAACAGCAUUUUACAACAUUUUUGACAGGAUUUUGUUUAUUCUCUACGGCACGGCUGGUGCAACCACCAUUUUAUAAGCACAGCUCAAUAAUAUGUAAUGGG